UCGUUGACACCGGAUGUGUUUCUUCCCAGGAUAAAUACACCUUCCGGCCGGGCCGCUGCCUCGGAACCCUCAACUCUAGUUUUCAGAGUCGAUUGUGACCAUGGCUGCUGAGUCUGAUGUUCUGCACUUCCAGUUUGAACAACAAGGAGAUGUGAUCUUGCAGAAAAUGAAUCUUUUAAGACAACAGAAUUUAUUUUGUGAUGUAUCUAUUUAUAUUAAUGACACUGAAUUUCAGGGGCAUAAGGUGAUUUUGGCUGCUUGUUCCACUUUCAUGAGAGAUCAAUUUUUACUCACACAGUCAAAACAUGUCAGAAUCACUAUCUUGCAGAGUGCAGAAGUUGGCAGGAAAUUGUUGCUCUCUUGCUAUACUGGAGCACUUGAAGUUAAGAGGAAAGAACUUUUGAAAUACUUAACUGCUGCCAGUUACCUUCAGAUGGUUCACAUUGUGGAAAAGUGCACAGAAGCUUUGUCAAAAUAUCUGGAAAUUGAUUUCUCCAUGAAAAAUAACAGUCAGCACACUGACCUUUGUCAAUCUUCUGAUCCAGGUGUUAAGAAUGAGGAAGAAAAUUCUGAUAAAGACUGUGAGAUAAUUGAAAUUUCAGAAGACAGUCCUAUAAAUGUAGAUUUCCAUGUCAAAGAAGAAGAAAGCAAUGUUUUACAGCAUCCAGCAGAGAGUUUGACAUCCGAGAGGAAGUCACCAGAGCUGUCUACAGUAGAUACAGGAGAUACAGGUUAUAAAGACAAUGAAAUUUGUAUCCUCCAUGUAGAAUCUGUCAGUACAGCUGAUGUAGAAAAUGGGCAGUUUUCACCACCUUCUACUUCUUCAAAAGCAAGCAUGUAUUUUUCUGAAACACAGCAUUCAUUGAUCAAUUCUACAGUUGAGAGCAGGGUGGCAGAAGUUCCUGAGAAUCAAGGUCAGGGCUUAUUUUGUGAGAAUCUUGAGGAAAGUAGUGGUGUAGUAAAUGAGAUUCAGAAUCUGGAGGAGGGUUAUUCACUGAGGCACCAGUGCCCCAGGUGUCCUCGUGGCUUUCUUCAUGUUGAAAACUAUCUGCGCCAUAUUAAGAUGCAUAAACUGUUCUUGUGCUUACAGUGUGGGAAAACAUUUACACAAAAGAAAAACCUCAACCGUCAUAUUCGAGGACACAUGGGCAUACGACCCUUUCAAUGUUCUGUGUGCUUAAAGACAUUUACUGCUAAAAGCACGCUUCAGGACCACUUAAACAUACACAGUGGGGAUCGGCCAUACAAAUGCCACUGUUGUGAUAUGGAUUUCAAGCACAAAUCUGCUCUCAAAAAGCACUUAACCUCUGUCCAUGGCAGAAGCAGUGGUGAAAAAUUACCUAGACCUAAUCUCAAAAGGCAAACUCUACUAUAAUUAGAAUCACAGAUUUGCUGUAUAAACCGUAGAUCAUUCUGUUCUGCAAGUCUUUCUACGGAAAUGCAGCAUUUGUGAUAAUCCGUUCUUCUCUCCCCCUGCCACUAUCUAAAGGUCUUAUUUUUGGUCUGCUUAUACAUAUUUCUGAAUUUCUAACAGUCUCAAAAUUGUGAGAGGAAUUAUAAAGCUGAUGGGAUUCUGUCACGUCUCAUAUGUAAUAUUUAAAUCCCAUGGUUUAUCUAGAGAAAUAGUGUUCCGCUCUUAUAUUUUCAGUUCUGGUGAGAAAGGGUCCAGCAGUAUUCACAGAUUCUGGUUUGGAGUCUAGAUAAUUGAUUUAAGUGCAGAAUCCAACCUGUAUAAUAACCUUAGUGAAUUAGGGUAACAAGAGAAAAUAAAUUUAAAUACACACUGUUACUAAUCGCUUUAAGAAUGGAUAGCAUUUUAAUCAAAUGCUCUUGAAUUCUUUUCAUUCUUUUAUUUUCCUUUAUAAGAGAGAAGGGAGAGAGAGAGAGAGAGACAGGUAUUUUUGGCAGAGUCAUCAUGUUGCAAUUGUGUUUCUUCCUGUCAAGUAGCUUAGAAUUCCAGGCAUGUUAACUUAGCCCUGGUAACAAGCCAGGCCCCCAUGCAUGUUCCACCUUCCUCAAUAAUGGCAUUUUCUGUGUACCACUGCAGCUACACCCUCUUGGGUUCUAAACACUAAGGUACCU